CUGUUGUCCUUCCUACGCACAGAUUACAGCUCAUGCAUAAUUCAGAGUUGAAAAAAAGUUUCUACCCAGAGAUUCCUUUCCCUGUCCUAUGAGUUAACAUUUUUCCUUCGGUCGGGACAGGCAGGAGUUGAGGGAUCCGAAAGCCCUGGCACCCCAGAAGGCUGUUUACGAGUAAGAACUUUUAUUGGACAGUCGCUAAUCCAGCGAUUUGUCCCUGGGGGCUGAUCCAGGUCAGGGAGAUACAAGAGAAACUUUUCCCUCCGUGACGUCACAAUGAGAGUGCUGCUGCACUGUACUGGAACUCUCAGCCAUUCAGCAUUCUAAGUAUUUUUCUGGGUAUUUAUUAUUAUUACCACUGCUGCUGGAAAGGUAACAUUUAUUAACCGUUUAUAUCGGUCAAGAAAAGUAUUUCAUUGUGGUGCGUGAGAAUUGUUUCGAUCAAGUCGGAGUUUGUGUACAUUUUGUUACCUUAUUUUUAUUGGUGCUGCAAGGAUGAAUUCGAGCCCAGGUCUCCCUCCACCAGGACAGCAAGUGAUCCAUGUUACGCAGGACUUGGACACAGAUUUAGAAGCACUGUUUAAUUCAGUGAUGACCCCACAGCCCAGUUCCUGGAGGAAGAAGAUUCUUCCUGAGUCUUUCUUCAAGGAGCCAGAUUCAGGGUCUCACUCAAGGCAGUCCAGCACUGAUUCGGGAAGCAACCCUCCUAAACUUGGCAUACAGCAUGUCCGAUCCUACUCGUCGCCUGCUUCGUUGCAGAUUGGGGCUGGCACCGGGACUGCUCCAAGCCCGUCACAGCAGCAUGCCCAUCUCCGCCAGCAAUCCUAUGAUGUGACAGACGAGCUGCCGCUGCCCCCAGGGUGGGAAAUGGCAUUCACACAUACCGGGCAGAGAUACUUUCUAAAUCACCUUGAGAAAAUUACAACAUGGCAAGACCCUCGGAAGACCCAAACAAUGGCACAUAUGAACCACCAUCCUGUUACCACUUCUACUCCAAUGAACCAAAGAUCACUGGCUUUGUCACAACCAAACCUUGUGAUGAAUCAUCAGCAUCAACCACAGAUGUCUUCCAGUCCAGCAAUAUCACAACAGAACCACCCUACUCAAAACCAUCAAGCAGCAUUGAUCAAUUUGCCGAAUGCACUGACAAGUCAGCAACAGCAGCAACAGAAGCUUAGACUCCAGAGGAUCCAGAUGGAGAGAAAACGGAUCUGGAUGCGUCAGGAAGAACUUUUGAGACAGGAAGCUGCAUUGUGCCAACAACUUCCCAUGGAAUCUGAAAACAUGGCACCAGUGCAAAAUACAGUGAGCCCACCUGCCAUGCCUCAGGACAUGAGAUCCGUAACAAAUAAUGGAUCUGACCCUUUCCUCAAUGGUGGGCCGUACCACUCCAGAGAACAAAGCACAGACAGUGGCCUAGGCCUGGGCUGCUAUAGCAUACCAACCACACCAGAAGACUUUCUCAGUAACAUGGAAGAAAUGGAUACAGGUGAAAUCCUCGGCCAGCCAACCUUGAAUCUGAACCAACAGACGCGGUUUCCAGACUUUCUUGAUUCUCUUCCUGGAACAAACGUUGAUCUGGGAACACUGGAGUCUGAAGAUCUGAUACCAAGCCUAAACGAUGUGGAGUGCGUGUUGAAUAAAACUGAGCCCUACCUCACAUGGUUAUAGUUUGUGCACAGGGCACCCCGUCUUUGAAAUACCCAAGCUUUAUUUGAUUUUCCAAAUGGAAAAUUUUGAUGAGUCUCUGAAUGAGUUCAUCACCCACAUGCUGCCAUACUGACUUACAAAAUAUUAAGGUAGUUCAGUUCUUCACUGUCUGGAUUAUAUUUACAUGUAUACCCAGUCUCUUCCCCUUGUUUGUGAUCACCACUUCUUCAUGGCUUUAAGCAGACCACAGCUCUUUGCAGAAUUGUUUUACGUGUAUACCAAUUGAAGCCACCGUUUCUGGUUAUGUAUCUGUGCUUUGCUUUUCAGAUUUCUGUACCCAGUACCCCUAGGUGGCUUUGGCAUUUGAAAAGAGCUUAGCUCAUGAGUUACAGGCAUAUAACUAAUACAAAUGUGCCAUACCUGAAUUUAUAUUUAUAACUAUAGGACCUAAUACAUUUUAACCUAAUAGUAUAUGCUUUAAAAAUUAUUGUAAUAUUAGAAAGAUUGUGCUGGAACUAAAUAACUAGUAGUUUUUAAGUGGAGCAGAAGCACAAACACUAUAAUUGUUGUUCAGUAUAUUACUGUAUUGCUUUUAGAAAGAAAGAAAAAAAAAACAAAAAAAAAAAACUUCCAGUUUGAAAGUAGCAAUAAAUUUAAUUACAUUUAUACACUACAAUAUUGUAACAUUGACCAGACUGGUACUAACUACCACCAUUUUUAUAAACAAUGUGAUUACACUUUUUUUUUAUGCAUUUUUUUGAUUUAACUGUAUAUUUUAUUAAGCACUAUAAUUUUUGUAACUAAUUGUAAUAGACAAAUUCAGUCUUUUGAUACACAAAAAGCAACUAUAUAUUUGACGCUAUUAAAGGGAGAAUUUUGCAGCUCAAUAUUGCCAAAAUAAAUUUUAUUAAAGGUAUAAAAAUGUUAUUAAAUGAAAAAAGUAUUUUGUAGACAUGUAAUACAUUUAUAUGUACCCACAAAUUAUCGUCAAAUAGUUGCUAUUUUGUUAUGUAAAUUUUAAAAAACAUUUUGUUUAUUAUUUGUUCUUGGUAUUUUUUUUUUAUUAUUUUUUUUUGCUGUACUGCUUUUUUCCAAGUAAGAUAUGAAUGGGCAGUAACUACAUUAUUUCUUAUAUUGAUAUAUUUUGUAUAAGAUUUUACAGUAGAUAUGGGACUGAGCACCAAUGAAACAAGAAGUCAUAUAUGCAGAUGAUGUCCUAAUAUCCCAAAAGGGUUUUAAAUCAAUAUAUUUAUAUCAAAAGUUUAAGCUUUAUUAUUAAUUAAUUGAGUAAACAUUUUUUUGUGAAAGGCAUUAGUAAUUCACAUCUCGUGAUGCAACACUACAUAAUAAUCCACAAGAGAUUUUUUUUUUUUUUGCACUUGUUGUUUGGGUGUACGAAUUUUAUUUCCAUUUUGGAUUUCACUGUGCACCUGUUCACUUGACUGCACAUAUCUCCUUCUGUUGAAUUUUAGGAAGAUGAAGAACAAUUUUAAUGUAAAAGAGGCAAUAACAACAAUGUGGUGAGGUUCAUGGCAUGGGUACUGUAUGAUAAAAUAAUUUAGACUUGAGAUACAAAGGAAUCUGCCAUCACCUCAUUCUAGUGUAGCAUUUUUUUGUAAAUGGAUGUAAAAUUGCUUUCUCGUUGGUGUUAUGAGAACAAAAUACAUCUUCACUAACAUUACAAACAUUUUGGGACUAGCAGAUUGACAGUGUUGUGGAGGAAAGUAGUAUUAUAAUCCUACAGAACCAAAAUUAUGUUAGAGAACAUAUACUCCGAACAUGUUACUGUGCCAGAGGGAUAUGGAACUAAAUCCAGACCAUUGCAUGUGUUUCUAGGACCGAAUACUCUGUGGAAGUGUUUCUUAGGUGCUUGCCAGAAGGGUGUAAUGAGAAGUUAUUGGUUGGGAUAUUAAGCGUGAAUUAAGAACAGAGUGUUAAUAAGUAGUUUUUUAGUUUUAAAACUAGAUUUCUAGCUGAAGGUGGGAUGCAGUCAUAGAUUAGUAAAUAUAUGGUAUUUUCGCUUGUUAAAUUCUUUGCAUACAAGCUUAGAAUUUGACAUGAAAGUACAUGACAUUUUCUUUUUUUUUCCAUUUAAUUUUUAAAAGCAUGUUGUGUUGUUGUGUGGACAUUAAGCAGGAUAAGUAGCAUGCUUAUAAAUAAUUUGGUAACGGGAACAGAAUUACUGAGUUCUUUAACUUUGAAUUCUAUAAACGCAGAGCCAUGAGUAGCCAGGUCAUGGUAAAAUAAUUCUGAUUAAACUUACAGUAUAUUUAGCUCAGAGUUAAAUACUCACUGGUAACAGUUCUUCAUCAGCCAUCAAAGGUUAGAGAGAAGAUUAGUAACAAUAUGUUUGAUUAGCAGUACAAUAACAGACUACCAAAGGAAAGCCAGAAUGUGUCACACGGAGUAUCGAUGAAGGGCUAUAGUAAUAACCCUAUAACUGAUGCUUCUCCAUCACUUACGUUGCAUACAUGGUCAGAAAAACACUAUACAAUGUGGUGUACAGAUAUAAAGAAUUGAAGGUAAAACCCUGUGUGCAUCAUUUAAAUGGACACUGGAAACUGUACUUGAAUUGAUGGAAGAUACAAUGGAAGCGAUAAAGUUAUGUGCAAUUUUAAAAUCAUACUUUUUUAUACAGUAUUUAAUAUACUCCACUUUAAAGUCCUUGAGAUGUGAAAUAAUAUUUGAUGUACAUUCUAUACUUCUAUAUAAUAAUAAUAAUAAACAUUCUAUAAUUCUAUAUUCACACUGGCCAGUAGCAAUAUGAAAUAAUCUACUGCACUAUUACCAACGUCUGGUAAUUUUGCAUCACACUAUAAUGCAUAACUGUUAUAUAAUGAGUGUUGGUUAAGUAUUCCCUCCUAUUAUAUCAUAUCUGAAACACUCACCAUUAAUCUGCACUUCUGUCAGGGAAAAUAUGAAGAGAUUUAAAAAAUAAACUCAUGUUUAUUUGGCAAUGAUAAGCUGUGUGUAUUGCAUACAAUAAAGUUAACUGACUUGUAAACUAUAGUGCUAUUUUAUACACAUGCAAAUAAGAGGGAUGUUGAUAUAGUGCAAUGAAUCUGCUAGAAGCCUUCGAUUCCCUCUGAAAUUUAACGUGAAAAAUGUAUUUCAGUUCUGUCUUAUCUACUUCCAUUUGUCAUUCAUUAGCAGUAAAUGUAAUUAUACAUAUAAAUCACAGUCAGUUUAUUUCUAUGCACUUCAUUAAAAAUAUAGUGAAUUUAUGAGUUUUCAGGGAGGUCAUAAAUUAUAAAAUGUUUGGAGAGGAGCCAUUACUAAUUUGUCUUAUUGCAUUGCUAUAAAGAUGAUGGCUUCUUGGAUCACCACCUGUGAAUGUAUAGUAUGCAUAAUGAAGUUAUGGAAAGAAAUUGUAAAAAAACAAAUCACAAUAAAUAAGUCACUUUACGGAGUCAUUGUGAGGAUGCAUUUAUAAGGAAAACUUUCACCAGAAGGAAAUAGUAGAUCUUAUUGUGCAUUUUCCAGAAAUAUAACAUUUAAACACAUUGGUCUACGUCGAACAAUUCUAGAUUGUUUCUAUCUAUGUUGUUAGCUUAUUAAAAGCUAAAUCUCUUUUCUGUAAGUUAUGACACUACUGUUUUUUGCAACUUUGAAGCUGAUGUACACUAACAUGAAAUGAUUAAAUAAAAAUGCAUAAAACAUGAAUGUGUGAGAUCAAAAACUUUUAAGAAUAUUUUAAGGUUUGAGCUGCUUGGCACUAUAUAAGUGCAGUGAGCUUAAAAUUAAUAUUGUGCGAUCUCUAUGCAUGAAAUGAAGUUGUCUUGCAAAACGUACAUAAUAUUUUAAUUUUGUGUUUUUUUGUUUUUUUUGUUUGUUUUUUACUUUUUUAUAUUCUAUGUGAUAUAUAUAUAUAUAUUUUUCAUAAGAUUGUGCAUAUGAACAAGUUAUCUUAUGAAGCUGAUCAAAUUUGUUUAAGAAGGAAGCAUGGAGUGGAAUGAAUUUCAAAUACCCAUUGUAUUUCUUUGUUGGAUUGUAUAGAACUCAAUAAAUAGCUGUUUCUUUGUUUGAGCAACUAUGCAAUAAAACUUCCAGAACAUAA